GAAACAUCACUUUCCGAUAAUAUCUCCGCAGAGAGGGAGGAGGGGUGCGGGGCACAAGCUCUUUUGGAGCUUUACCAUUGUUGCGUGAGAGCGAAGACGGAGGGGUAAAAUCAUUAGCAGGCAGUGUAACGGACACAGAGAAAAAAAAAGGAGUAGAUGAGAGUGAAUGUAAACAUACCAUCUAACAUCCUCUUUUUGCAUACUUACCACUUCCCUACGCUUCGAGAGAUCACGCCUGACGCCGAGAUACCUAGAUUACCCCUAAUCACCAACCCGACAGACCGAAUAGAACAAGACGCAAUGGCGUGGGAAGAGCCUAGAAAGACGGGCAUGCAGUACCGCCGCCUGGGCAACUCGGGACUUCACGUCUCGGUGCUGGGUUUGGGCGGUUGGUUGACGUUCGGCGGUCACGUUGAGAAUGAACAGACGUUUGCGUGUAUGAAGCAGGCUUACGACCUUGGCGUCAACUUUUUCGAUACGGCUGAGAGCUAUGCGGGCGGAAACUCGGAGAUCAUCAUGGGCCAGGCCAUCAAGAAGUUCAACUGGAACCGUAACGACAUUGUUGUCACAACAAAGCUCAACUGGGGCGGCGCCAACGGCGAAGUCCUCGUCAACAACCACGGCCUCUCCCGCAAACACAUCAUCGAAGGCCUCCGCGCCUCCCUCAAGCGCCUCGACCUCGAGUACGUCGACAUCGUCUACGCCCACCGACCGGACCGCCUGACCCCCAUGGAGGAGACGGUCCGCGCCUUCAACCACGUCAUCGACAAGGGCUACGCCAUGUACUGGGGCACCUCGGAGUGGAGCGCCGACGAGAUCGCCGAGGCCUGCGGCAUCGCCAAAGACCUCAAGAUGAUCGCGCCCGUCGUCGAGCAGCCGCAGUACAACAUCCUCGAGCGCCGGAAAGUCGAGUACGAGUUCCAGCGGCUGUACCAGCGCUUCGGCCUCGGCCUGACCGUCUUCAGCCCCAUCAAGAUGGGCCUGCUGAGCGGAAAGUACAACGACAACCCCGACGCGCCGCCGGCCGGGAGCCGGUUCGCGGAGGGCAAGGGCGAUAAGUUUGUCAACUGGGCCAACAAGGAGUGGUACGGUAACGACGAGUGGAAGGCACUGAUUCAGAAUGUCGUCAAGCUCAAGGGUAUUGCGGAGAAGCUCGGCGCGACGCAGUCACAGCUGGCCCUGGCGUGGUGCCUCAAGAACCCCAACGUUACCUCCGUGAUCACCGGAGCCUCACGGCCGGAGCAAAUCGUCGAGAAUGUAGGCGCAUUGAAGGUUCUGGAGAAGCUGACGCCCGAGAUCAUGGCCGAGGUCGAUGCCAUUGUGGGAGAGGUCAAACUGGACCCGGCAAGACAAGAUUAGAGAAUGGCGUGUUUUUUUUUCUGGAAGUUUUGUGUUUCUGUUACGUCCUUUUGGGUGGCGUGGAUUUUAAUUACUGGGCAUAACCAUAUCUGGGGACAUAGAACGAGAAGUUCGGUACAAAAAAGAACAAAACACCAUCUUAUUACCAGCUCGACCCAUGCGCGGCCGCGUCCAGGCCCCACGUGAUGGAGCGUUGGCCUCGCUGUUUUGCUCGCUCGAGGCCGUUUCACGGGACCGUCGUGAUAACCAUUUGUUCAGAGGAACUACCUUCUAGAAGCUGUGGACAAUGCUCUCGAGUCAAUUAAGAUGUGGCGAAUUGGCCAGAUGCGGCCGAACAAACAUGCCGCCUCCGCUUCAGUUUACGAGCUUGUGCUCCAAAGUGGUGGUUGCCAAACGAUGGGAUGGGAUGACCGGAAAGCUGCUCCGAAGGCAACAUUGUCCAGACGGGAAUGAGAGAUACUUCAGAAACAAUGGACAGUUGCAACCCUUAGGCCAGUGUCUUGACUCGGGAGACCACAGAGAUCUUCAGGGACCAUGGAGGGUGUAACAAUGCAUCCUCUGGCCGGUGCUUCGACUUGUCGAUGAAACUUCGUAUGGCGUGUUAGGAACUGUAGCUCGUAGGAUUAGACUAGUCGACCAGGCUCCCAAGCAUGUUAUGCCAACUGAUGAGUUCAGAUCUAGGCCCAAGAAGGUUGUCGAUCUUCCUGUCGUCGUUGCGGCUCGCGAAUCGUCCAACAGGGAGGGUAGGCCUUGGGGUAUAAGGUACUCUGAGGACGGAAAGGUAAAACCUACGAAAGCCACAUCGGCCUUUUUUGCCAUUCGCAACGAGUUGCUCCUGGAACUGUAGACUCUUGACUAGAGGGCAGCUUGACGUGCCUUGGCCAACAGCUCAGCUGUACAUGUCGGGUAGAGGUCGACCGGUGUAAAGUAAUCGCUUGAUUAUCAUAGUCAUAUCGUGGCAGGCAAUACAUACGAUCACGGUGAUGUCUCCAACGCACCCAGUGAUGAUGAUGGUCUUGAUGUCGACGUCGAUAUUGUUGUUUCAUUAUGGUUGUUGCUUCGCAUAUCUCGUAUGAUCCAGACAACUAGAAUCAUGAGAUUGGGGCGGCUUUGAUGGCGGCGACCUCCGGAGUGUUAACCCGUGUCAGAGGUGUACAUACUGGGGAUAAGAAUGAGGUUGCAGACGCGGCUUCUCUAGGUACGGGCUGUUUUUGGUGUGCAUGGUAACGCAGGAACGGUAAGACGUGCAUGGAUGACCAGGCAAGAGAGAGGCGAAGUGGUCCUGAGAGGCCCGAAAGCAACGAAACAAGGGCCCUCCAGAGGGCGCAUUGAUCGCCGUCUGGCGACAGUCCUUCUUGUUCAUAGGCAAGACAUGUGGCGUCGGAGAGUGGGAGACUGGAGUUUCGUUGUAGAACUGGUUGAAAUGGACCGUCUUUGGCAACAGGCGACAAGGUAAGAGGCAAGUAGCGAAAGCGAUGAAUUUUGCUUUGGGUAGGGUGACUGAGAAGUCAUGGUUUGAGAUAGCUGUAGCCGCAGCUUGGUGCAGAGAUCGAACUGCCAAAUAAGAUGUCAGUAUCAGGCCAUAUUGACGCUUGGAGGUGGUGAUGGGAGAAUAGAGUUUGGGCCUUGCACGCCUGGACGGUUAGUGUCGUGAACGACGGUUGGGAGCCACUGAGAAGUAUAGCCUUGGUAGAUGAGCAGAGUUGCUGCGUAGAACAAGUAGAGUGGUAAAAGACAUGUGGCUAAGCAGGGAGGUUGCUCGCUCGAUAUCAUGUGUGAGGUUGCUUGCUUGGACGGGGGAGCAGGGUCAGGCAGCGGAGAGGGGGCAGAUGAGGAGACAAUGGAAGAGAGCGAAGAAGGGGAACCCUAGAGCACUAGGGGACGCGGGACACUCGUACGGCAGCGUUGAAGGCCGUGGAGGCGUAGGAAGUAGGGAUACAGGAUGAGACGAGCGUCUGAGCUGGCUUGCCCUGCUGGUGAACAGCGGUGUGUCUGCCCUAUGCGUUGCCCCGCGGGCUGCUGCAUGGCUGACAUGUGUGCGUUUGCGUAUGCGUGUGGGUGUUGUGUGGGUGAGUAUGAGAUGCGCUGUGAAUGUUUAUUCAUAUGCGAGCUCAACGACUCGGGAAUGGUUGU